UGUUUAGGAUAGAUUAAGCUGCGCUGCGGCUUGACGGCAGCCUUAGAAGCUUCCCCCCAGCCAGCGAUGCUACCUUUGCCUUCAACUGGUUAUACAAGCCGCCCAACAAAUACUACAAGAAGCUCUUCAUCCAUCAAGCAGUUGCGCCAUCUACUCCACAGCACGAGGACGCGUACCGCCCUUUCAGCUGCGGGUGGCUGGUUCCCGAGGAGACAAGCCUGUGCAAGCCUGUCUUUGUUGCUCACUCUCUGCUGUCAGCUAUCUGGUUGGUGCGAGCGUCGCUCCCAGACAAAGACACGCUCCCUCCCUGACGAUGUUUGGGCUCGCCUUGUCUCUGCAGCAGACACACUCACCUCCCAGGGCGCAGAGCAAGCUCCGCCUUCUGCUCAAACUCCCGUCCAGUCUACAGCAGCAGGGAGCUUUCACGACGCAGGCCUGCGCUGCAAAGCGCCUUCUAGCUCAAAGCGGCCUACCUCAACUGGAGCGUCUCCAUCGCCGAAGCGCGCUCGGUCCGUGGAGCCUCUAGGCCAAGCUGCCAAGGCGCCGUCGCAUGCGUCGAGUCUUCGGAUCUCCAACUGCAGCAGCGAUCUGGAGGAGCUACGUCCACAGGAGUCGGCAGCUCUGAUCACCACAGUCACUAGCAACAACCGUCGCGCUGAGCAGGCCUGUGACAAGAAGCGUAAAGCUUCGCUGAUGAGAAAGCGGCUAGACCUUGGUUUGAUUAAACUAAGCAACACGGCUUCUCGCGACGAACACUACGCCUACAACUAUCUUUCCUAGAAGGACGAGGCCAUUGUCGGCUGGAUCAUUAAGCAGCCAGUCUCUGACACAGACGACUUCUACAACGCCGCCUAAACGCUGUAUCGCACAGCUUUAAUCUUUCUGGAGAAGGCCCGUGCGCUCGGGAACCUUAACGCUCGAUUCUACGCUCGCCAGUUCCUGCUAGGCUGGCGAGAGCGUGGAACACUGUUCCAAGGCAGGUUUGCUAGAGACGUACCUCGCUCCCAGCAGCACCAGCAGCAAUCGCAGCACAGCAGCCACCUUGCAGGGUCGCAGAGACAAAACGACACCGAUGUGGAGUUUUGCUCUGCCUGGGAUAGGUGCAGACGCUACGAGGGCAUGCUAGCAGCUGUGCACAUCGAGUACAGGUGGGCGGAGGCCCUCUUGGGCCGAGCGUACGCCAAUAAAAUAACACAGAUUCAGCAAAACGACCUUAUC